CAAACUCCCCCUUUCUCUCUCUUGACUCUAAACAUUGACUCUUUUAAUUUUUCAUUUUUUAUUAAUCUUUCCCUCGGCUUCAACACAAGCAACCAAGCUGUCGCUUGUUGGAUAUGUAGUUGGCUUGCUGGGGGCACAGAAGCAAACCCAGAUCUUUAACCCUAAAACUCAUACCCCAGAUCCAUCUUUUUUCUUUCAUGGUGUCUUAAAGCCUUAAAAGCUGCUGCCCACUUGCAGUUUCUGCCGUUUGCUGGUCAUCUCUUUUUUAGCUUACAGAUGUUGUAACGGUUGAAAUUAGCGGUAUGGGUCGAUGGAUUUUGGCUGGAUAAUGCUAAAUAUCGGGAGGAAUAUAGGGGAAAAGGAAAACAAUAAGAUAUCUACCCUAGAUAAGCUUCUUGCAUCAUCAUCAUCAUCACCGUCAUCUCUUUUGAUAACGUUUCAAAGUUUUCCGAGCUAGAUGAAUAGUUGAAUAGUGAACUUCAUUUUAGGCUCUUUAUUUUGUGUUUUGUCGAUAAUUAGUUGUUAAACUAUGGAAGUUAGAGGUGAAGAACAUGAUAUUAAAACGCCAGUGCGAGAUGGGAAUCAUAAUGGUGAUGCGGUUCUCACUUGCACUCAAACCCUAGACCAAGUUCAUCGUCCCCAAAGGCAACAAUCACUUGGCCAUGUUGGAAGAUCUCCGAACCCGGAUCGAAUCGCCGGCGCCAGUGUUGCACCCAUUUCAGUCAGUUCUAACACGAAGCCAUUGGCGGGUGUCGUUAGGUAUCGAGAGUGUCUGAAGAACCACGCUGCCAGCAUCGGUGGAAACGUUUACGACGGGUGCGGUGAGUUCAUGCCUAGUGGAGAAGAAGGAACACUGGAAGCGUUGAAAUGUGCAGCCUGUGACUGCCACCGCAACUUCCACCGCAAAGAGGUUGAUGGAGAGACCCAACAAUUCGGGGGUAGGAGAAGCUUGAUGCUUAACCCUCUUCAGCUGCCUCCACCAUUGCCCUCUCCAACCAUGCUGCACCACCACCACCAUCACCAUCAAAAGUAUACAAGUCCACCCAGUGCAAUGGUUACACCAAUGAAUGUAGCGUUUGGUGGCGGUGGCACCGAGUCUUCAAGCGAGGAUCUUAACAUGUAUCAGUCAAAUCCGGAGGGAAUGGCGGCAGCAGCACCCCCUUAUGUUUUGUCAAAGAAGAGAUUCAGAACGAAAUUUACGCAGGAACAGAAGGAUAAGAUGUUGGAAUUAGCGGAGAAAUUGGGGUGGAGAAUCAAUAAACAAGAUGAAGAUGAAGUCGAAAAGUUUUGCGCUGAGUAUGGGGUGAAACGGCAGGUUUUCAAGGUUUGGAUGCACAACAACAAGAACGUGAAGAAGCCGCCUCAGGAUCAGUAAGAUUUCUUCUUCAUAACCCCUAUAUAUAUAUAGACGGGGCAACGUACAAGAUUAAACCAGACAUUUUAGAGUUAAGAAAGGAGCUGGCCUUCAUGUUCAAAUUAUAUUUGUAUAAUUCUUCAUUGUAAGCCAUGGUUAUGUCUUGGCAAUUCAGCACCGUUCCAAACCCCCCCGCCUCCCAAAAACAAAGUAGUCUUGUAUUAGUAAUUAAUUGUUCUUGUUUAAAUUAAUUAGAAUGGUAGUCUCUUUCUCAUCA